AUGAACUCUACAUUCAGGCUAGAGGGCCGCUGCUUGUCAAUCGGCGUCACGGCCUGUUGCGGACUGGCAUUUAUGCUGUUUGGAUAUGAUGAAGGAAUUUUCGGUGGUAUCCUCUCCAACCCCGCGUUCCAGCAACAGUUCAACCAUCCCGAUACCAUCAUUCAGGGCCAAAUCGUCUCUACAUAUGUGCUUGGUUGUGUCGUUGGGGCUUUUCUUGCAAUGGGCUUGGGCGACAGACUUGGUAGACGACGGUCGAUUAUCUUGGCCUGCACAUUCCUCACAAUCGGCGGUAUUCUUCAGGCUUCUGCCUAUACCCUUCCUCAUUUAAUCAUUGGUCGUGUUGUUGCGGGACUCGGGGUUGGUAUGAACACCACGACAGUGCCCAUGUGGCAGAGUGAGACCUGCAAGCCUGAGUUACGGGGCAAGCUGAUGUCUAUACAACUCACACACCUGGUGUCUGGCUUCGUGCUUGCAAACUGGAUCAACUUUGGAUUCACAUAUAUUCCCGAUCACCAAGUUAGCUGGCGUUUCCCUCUUGGUUUUCAGUCAAUACUUUCUAUCCUUACAGCAGCGAUGAUUCCUUUGAUGGUAGAGUCUCCCCGCUGGCUUUGUUUAAGGGGGAAAUCCAGUGCUGCAAAAGCGGCUAUCGCACGACUCCUAGCCAAGCCGGAAUCUGACACUGAAGUAUGGACGGCGCUUCGGUCAAUUGAAGAAACGGUAGCACAUGAGACAGAAUCUCAGCAAUCUGGAUGGCGCGCCGUAUUCAGUAACGGCCCUCAACAAAUAUUCCGUCGAAUUGCGCUAGGAGCAGGGGUGAACUUUAUGCAGCAAUUUGGUGGUAUAAAUGUUGUCGCUUACUAUCUGCCUGUUGUUCUGAAACAGUCAUUUGGGUUUAGCGACCGAAUGGCUCUGGUUUUAUCUGCUGUAGAUUCCAUGCAGUGGAUGUUCUGGGCCGGGAUGGCUGUCUUCGUCAUUGACAGAAUCGGUCGCCGUCGACUCCUGAUUUAUGGCUCUGCGGGGCAAUGCCUCUGCUUUGCUAUAGCUGCACUUGGUCUCGGGAUCGGCACCCACGCUCUCAAUGGUGUUGCUGUGGCAUUCAUCUUCCUCUACUACUUUUUCUUCGGUCUCUCAUUCUUGGUGAUACCAUUUAUGUAUCCAGCAGAAAUCAACUCACAUCACACGCGAAACCUUGGAAGUGCCAUCGCUAUGGUCACGAAUUGGCUCGGUGUCUAUGUUAUCGUUUCUGUCACACCAGCUGGGAUCGAGAACCUAGGGUGGAAAUUUUAUUUGGUGUUUGCUGUGACAAAUUUCGUUUUUACCCCCAUUUGCUGGUACUUUUACGUUGAGACAGCUGGACUAUCUUUGGAGGAGAUUGAUAAACUUUUCGAGGUCAAGUACUACGGCGACAAGUCUAUGACCUAUCAGGAGGCCGCUGAAACAGCAAAAAUCGCGCUUUUUGCAGCACAGGUUGAGCAUGUGGAAAAGCAUAAAGGUUAA